UUGGAGGCAUUGCUGAGCGCAAGCGGCGGGCACAGGAACAGGGCGUGCCCGGGCCUGAAUUCAAAGUCAGCGCUCAGUUCCUGGAGGUACUGUGGCCUGGGACAUGGAAGUUGGCCCUCCUCCCACUGUGGGAGGGUUGUGUGGGGAGCAUGAGGAGCCCCAGGGGUGUUUAUAGGUGAGGGACACCCCAUGAGGCUCUCUGUUCCCAUGGGGCUUGAGUGAUGCCCCUCCUGACCAAUUCUACCUGUGAUGCUUCGAGCCAAGAGACUUUGAACAGAUCCUCUCUCCUCUGGGGCCACUGUUGAUUCAGAUGGUAGUGCCUGGUGAGGCCCAUGCUCCCUCCCUUCUGGCUUUCACAGGCCCCUCUGCAUCCAAGCAGCCUGGUCCGUCGCUUCCUGACUGUGGCCUGCUCCACCCCUUGGGGCCUCUGCCUACAGGAGGGCAGGGUCCCUAGAGAAAAGGGUCUUCUUGGCAUCUGGCCUCGUUCUGGCCCUGGGAGCGCACAGGGAUGUGGCAGCCAGGGCCUUUCAAGGUCAGGCAGGCACCUCUGAGUUCUUUGACCCCUAGACCUGUCGGAUCUCAAGCUCAGUAACCGCAGAGGCCAUUGUUCCCCCUGUCAGGGAAGGAUUUCUGGGAUGGUGGGCACUUCUGCCUACUCUAGCAGCUGCUUCUCUAGGGCACAGCUUCCAGGGCUGCUGUUAACCCUAGCCCGAGGACCCUGGCAACCCUGGAGCCCUGAGGGUACCCCGGCAGCCCUCAGCUGUGGGAGUGUGACCUCCCUCUUCAAGCUGUGCAUGCCCUACCUUGCUUCUAUCCCCCCAGGGACUCCAGAGUGCACACCGCCUGUGCAUCCAGCUGCACCGUCUCCCGUCAGCUUUCUUCCUCUCACGUCUCUUCCUUUUCUUCCCUUCUCCAACCCCUUGCUGUGGGUUUCCCUCAAAGAACAGGCCAGUUCCUGGAAAAUUAAUGGCCUGGAGUGAGCCCCAAGGGGUUAAAUACGCCAUCCCAAUGCAGACAGACACACGCCUCAGCACCCAUCUGUCCCCCUUCUGUUUCCUCUUCCCCUUCCUGUGAGGUAUUUCUGUCCCUUUAAGGCCAUCAAAGCCUCGGAUGUCCAAGGGCUGCCAUCUCCCACCCGCCCUGCCCAACGGGCCAACAAGAUCUAACUCCCACACCGCUUCCAUCCUUUUCCUGUUCCAUGACCCAACUCUGCCCAUUGGAUGUCCAGCCCCUUAGUACGUGGACCUGUCCCAGCCAGUGCUUCCAAAGCACUGGAAUCUGCAUGGCUGCCUCCUCCCCCACCCCCAGAUGGUGUGACUGCUCCUGGCCUGCAGGAGGCUACAGCAGUGGAGGGUGUGGGGAUAGUGGCCUGCUCUCCGGAACCAGCACAGAGCAAGGUGCAACCACUGAGGGCUUGUCUUCACCUCAGCCCUUGGAGACAACAAGGAUCAGGGUAGGGUGGCUCUGGUCUCCUCCAGGGCCUACCUCUACCCUCCCUCAGUUAAAUCACAGCCCCAUUUCCUCUCUCCCUUCUCAGAGACUUAUUAGCAUUUACCCACGUCAGGGUCCUGCUUCCUCAACUCCAGGUGGGACCAAGGGCUGCUGGAAGGUGGUUCUUGGAGAGCCAAGGAGCAGGGCACAGCCUCAGGCCAGCUCUGCCCAAGGCCCAGCUCUCCCUCCCCUGUCCAGGAGAAAGCUCUACAACGAGGAGAUCCUUGACCUGUUUGACAGUACCCGCGACCCUGAUGCCCGCCACCGCAGGUCCAACAUCAAGAUCCACGAGGACGCCAAUGGCGGCAUCUACACCACGGGCGUUACAUCUCGCCUCAUCAGCUCACAGGAGGAGCUGAUCCAGUGCCUGAAGCAGGGCGCCCUGUCACGCACCACGGCCAGCACCCAGAUGAACGUGCAGAGCUCACGCUCCCACGCCAUCUUCACCAUCCACCUGUGCCAGAUGCGCCUGUGCACCCAGCCCGACCUGGGUGGUGAGGCCAUACCUGGGCUUCCUGAGGGCACAGCGCCUGCGAGUGAGUAUGAGACCCUAACCGCUAAGUUUCACUUCGUGGACCUGGCUGGCUCAGAGCGCCUGAAGCGGACAGGAGCCACCGGCGAGCGGGCCAAAGAGGGCAUCUCCAUCAACUGUGGCCUGCUGGCCUUGGGCAAUGUGAUCAGCGCCCUUGGCGACCAGAGCAAGAAGGUGGUGCAUGUGCCCUACAGGGACUCCAAACUAACACGGCUCCUGCAGGACUCCCUGGGGGGUAACAGCCAAACCAUCAUGAUCGCCUGCGUGAGCCCCUCAGACCGGGACUUCAUGGAGACCCUGAACACGCUCAAGUACGCCAACCGGGCCCGCAACAUCAAGAACAAAGUGGUGGUGAACCAGGACAAGACAAGCCAACAAAUCAGCGCGCUGCGAGCCGAGAUCGCCCGUCUGCAGAUGGAACUGAUGGAGUACAAGGCGGGCAAGCGCGUGAUUGGGGAGGACGGUGCUGAGGGCUACAGUGACCUGUUCCAGGAGAACGCCAUGCUACAGAAGGAGAACGGGGCACUGCGGCUGCGGGUGAAGGCCAUGCAGGAGGCCAUCGACGCCAUCAACAAUCGUGUCACCCAGCUCAUGAGCCAGGAGGCCAACCUGCUCUUGGCCAAGGCCGGUGAUGGCAACGAGGCCAUUGGUGCUCUGAUCCAGAACUACAUCCGGGAGAUUGAGGAGCUGCGGACGAAGCUGCUGGAGAGCGAGGCCAUGAAUGAGUCCCUCCGGCGCAGUCUCUCGCGGGCCUCUGCUCGCAGCCCCUACGCCCUGGGAGCGUCUCCAGGCGGCCCAGCCCUCGGAAGCCCAGCCAGCUCCAUGGAGGAUGCCUCCGAGGUGAUCCGCAGGGCCAAGCAGGACCUGGAGCGGCUCAAGAAGAAGGAAGUCAGGCAGCGCAGGAAAAGCAGCCCAGAGAAAGAAGCCUUCAAAAAGAGAGCGAAGCUCCAGCAGGACAACAGUGAGGAGACUGACGAGAACGAGGCUGAAGAGGAGGAGGAAGAGCGAGACGAGAGUGGCUGUGAGGAGGAGGAAGGGCGUGAGGAUGAAGACGAGGAUUCGGGCAGUGAGGAGAGCUUGGUGGACUCUGAUUCCGACCCCGAGGAGAAGGAGGUGAACUUCCAGGCAGACCUGGCUGACCUGACCUGCGAAAUUGAAAUCAAGCAGAAGCUAAUUGACGAACUGGAGAACAGCCAGCGACGGCUGCAGACGCUCAAGCACCAGUAUGAAGAGAAGCUGAUCCUGCUGCAGAAUAAAAUCCGCGACACACAGCUGGAGCGGGAUCGCGUGCUGCAGAACCUCAGCACCAUGGAGUGCUACACGGAGGAGAAGGCCAACAAGAUCAAGGCAGAUUACGAGAAAAAGCUGCGGGAGAUGAACCGGGACCUGCAGAAGCUGCAGGCAGCCCAGAAGGAGCAUGCCCGGCUGCUCAAGAAUCAGUCACGCUAUGAGCGGGAGCUGAAGAAGCUGCAGGCCGAGGUGGCUGAGAUGAAGAAGGCCAAGGUAGCCCUGAUGAAGCAGAUGCGUGAGGAGCAGCAGCGGCGGCGGCUGGUGGAGACCAAGAGGAACCGGGAGAUUGCUCAGCUCAAGAAGGAGCAGCGACGGCAGGAGUUCCAGAUCCGGGCUCUGGAGUCACAGAAACGGCAGCAGGAAAUUGUACUAAGGAGGAAGACCCAGGAGGUGUCUGCCCUGAGGCGUCUGGCCAAGCCCAUGUCUGAGCGGGUGGCAGGGCGUGCCAGCCUGAAGCCACCCAUGCUGGACUCUGGGGCCGAGGUCUCGGCCAGCACCACCUCUUCUGAGGCCGAGUCCGGUGCCCGCUCCGUCUCCAGCAUUGUGCGCCAGUGGAACCGCAAAAUCAACCACUUCUUGGGAGACCCCGCACCCACUGCCAACAGCUCUCGCCCAGCCAGGAAGAAGUUCCAGAAGAAGGGGUCAAGCCAGAGCUUCAGCAAGGCAGCCAGGCUCAAGUGGCAGUCCCUGGAGCGGCGCAUCAUCGACAUCGUCAUGCAGAGAAUGACCAUCGUCAACCUGGAGGCCGACAUGGAACGGCUCAUCAAGAAAAGGGAGGAGCUGUUCCUCCUGCAGGAGGCGCUUCGGAGGAAGCGAGAACGGCUGCAGGCCGAGAGCCCCGAGGAGGAGAAAGGGCUGCAGGAGCUGGCAGAGGAGAUCGAAGUGCUGGCCGCCAACAUUGACUACAUCAAUGACAGUAUCACUGACUGCCAGGCCACCAUUGUGCAGCUGGAGGAGACCAAGGAGGAGCUGGACUCCACGGACACCUCGGUGGUGAUUAGUUCCUGCUCCCUGGCUGAAGCCCGCCUUCUGCUGGACAACUUCCUCAAGGCGUCCAUCGACAAGGGGCUGCAGGUAGCACAGAAGGAGGCCCAGAUCCGGCUGCUAGAGGGGCGACUGAGGCAGACGGACAUGGCAGGCUCCUCCCAGAACCACCUGCUCCUGGAUGCCCUGCGGGAGAAAGCCGAGGCACACCCUGAGCUGCAGGCCCUUAUCCACAAUGUGCAGCAGGGCAUGGAGAACGGCUACGCCAGCACAGACGAGGAGGUCUCAGAGUUCUCUGAGGGGAGCUUCUCCCAGUCUUUCACCAUGAAAGGUUCCACCAGUCAUGAUGACUUCAAGUUGAAGGGUGAACCCAAGCUGUCUGCCCAAAUGAAGGCGGUGUCGGCCGAGUGCCUGGGGCCCCCACUGGACAUCUCCACCAAGAAUAUCACCAAGUCCCUGGCGUCUCUGGUGGAGAUCAAAGAGGACGGGGUGGGCCUCUCCAUCCGAGACCCCUACUACCGGGACAAGGUCUCCCGCACUGUCAGCCUGCCCACCCGGGGCAGCACUUUCCCCCGGCAGUCUCGAGCCGCGGAGACGUCCCCUCUGACCCGCAGGAAGUCGUAUGACCGAGGACAGCCCAUCAGGUCCUCGGACAUGGGAUUCACACCCCCAUCGUCCCCUCCCACGCGGCCCCGCAAUGAUCGCAACGUCUUCUCGCGUCUCACCAGUAAUCAGAGCCAGGGGUCGGCACUGGACAAGGGCAUCAUCACACCUGUCGGAGGCACCAAGGGCGCACGCACGGCCCCACUGCAGUGCAUCUCCAUGGCCGAGGGCCACACCAAGCCCAUCCUUUGCCUGGAUGCCACGGAUGAGUUGCUUUUCACAGGGUCCAAAGACCGCAGCUGCAAGAUGUGGAACCUUGUCACGGGGCAGGAGAUCGCUGCCCUCAAGGGCCACCCCAACAACGUGGUGUCCAUCAAAUACUGCAGUCUCUCAGGGCUCGUGUUCUCCGUGUCCACCUCCUACAUCAAGGUGUGGGACAUCCGGGACUCAGCCAAGUGCAUCCGGACCCUCACGUCCUCAGGCCAGGUGAUCUCGGGGGACGCCUGUGCUGCCACGUCCUCACGUGCCAUCACCAGUGCCCAGGGAGAACAUCAGAUCAACCAGAUCGCACUCAGCCCCUCGGGCACCAUGCUGUACGCCGCCUCGGGCAAUGCCGUGCGCAUCUGGGAGCUCAGCAGGUUCCAGCCUGUGGGCAAGCUGACCGGCCACAUCGGCCCUGUGAUGUGUCUGACAGUCACGCAGACCGCCAGCCAGCACGACCUCGUGGUGACUGGCUCCAAAGACCACUAUGUGAAGAUGUUCGAGUUGGGUGAGUGUGUGAGCGGCACCAUCAGCCCCACCCACAACUUCGAGCCGCCGCACUACGAUGGCAUCGAGUGUCUGGCCAUCCAGGGAGAUGUCCUUUUCAGUGGCUCCCGGGACAACGGCAUCAAGAAGUGGGACCUGGAGCAGCAGGAGCUCAUCCAGCAAAUCCCCAACGCACACAAGGACUGGGUAUGCGCCCUGGCCUUCGUACCAGGCCGCCCCAUGCUGCUGAGCGCCUGCCGCGCAGGCGUCAUCAAGGUCUGGAACGUGGACAAUUUCACACCCAUCGGCGAGAUCAAGGGCCAUGACAGCCCCAUCAACGCCAUCUGCACCAAUGCCAAGCACAUCUUUACGGGCUCCAGUGACCUGACGGUGAAGUUUUGGAGUGUCCGGCGGCUGCCUGGUGGCCCAUCCUAGGAGCGAGGCACAAGGAUGCCCGGACCCUCGGCCCCGGCCACCCGGAUGCUGGGCAAGGGAAACUGUGGUCCGGCCUGUAGGGGCAUGCGCUGGGCACAGAGGCUGCAGCCCCUCUCCUGCCCCACUUCCUCUCGGCCUCCCACUGAGCACUGCCCCUUAGGGAGAGGCUGAGAGGAUCAAGCUGUGAAGCCAAAGGGCAUUACUCACCCCCUCCCCUCCCUGCCACCACUGGCCACGUGGUCUCCUGCCGAGCCUCCAGGGAGGGCCCUGAAGUCCCAGCCCCAGGUGCCACAUCCCUCCAUGUCCCAUCCCAGCCCAGGAGUCGCCACACCUGCCUCUGAGCCCAGCGAGAGUCCUCAGGCAGCCCUGGAAGCCAGUGCAGGCAGCUGGCCCUGGCCCCUUCGGUCCCUGACGGCCGGGCCUGGGCAGAGCUGUUGGGAAGCAUGCUCCGGGGACAUGGGCCGGCAGACUAGUCAUUUAAUUUAUUAUGUUUUCAUUUUUGUGUUUUGCCGUUGCCUCCUGGAAACUGACUUGAAGUUUCUUCCCACGUGUUCUUCCCCUCAGCUCUUGGGGCUUCUGCUCCCUUCCACCCUUUGCAGCUUCGGCCUGUCCCUGCCCCUGCCUCCACCCAGCACACCCAGGGACCCUCCCAGUGUGCCCCUGGCCUCCAAGCCGCCCGACGCUGCAGUGCCUUCCCCAUCCUGGGGCCUGGCACCCGUGCUGGGCAGCCUUACACCAGCUAUGCCCGCCUGCCACACGUGUCUUCUACUCCAUGGGCCUCAUGCCCACCACCCAGAGAGGCAGGGCUGGGUCAGGGUCCCUGCAAGGUGACAGAGAAAGCAGCUCAGUGAACUGCCGGGGGCGGCCGUGGGGGUGAAGACCACCCAGCACCCCUGCCCUCCUCCGCGCCUCCCCUCCCUGGCAGUCAGCAUCAGCAGCUGUGCUUCCUAGCCUUAAACCAGCCUGGGCACCAGCCCUGCCUGUCCGGGAGCUUGGCGAGCUGCUUUCUCCUCUCCUCAGACCCUAGCGCCCUCUGGUGGGGCCACAGUGAAUUUACAGGAAUGGGCCUCCAGAGAGGGGCAGGCCCCCUGCCCGCCCCCAACCUAUCUACACUGGGUUAUGUUGCUUCACUGGUCUUGGGUGACCCUAGCUCCGUUCAGGCAGCACCAUGACCGGGACUCAGCCAAGCUGGCCUCUGCUUUGGCUGCCCUCCCUCCGGCCUAUGUGAUCCAGUGAAGGCCAAAGAGGCCUGGCCACCUCCCAGGGCUGGCCCAGGAGCCAAGAAGGUCACGGUGCUGAACUCUGGGCUAGCUGAGCUGCAGUAAGGACACCCCUGAACCUGGCCUCAGGCACCUGGACAGCCUCAGUGAUAACAGCAGAGGACCACCCAGAAGUCACCCCAAGUUGCUUGCCACCCACCUUGUUCCUCUGUGGCUGGACAGAAGGCUGGCGUGCAGCCUCUAGGAAGAGCCCUGUCUGCAUGACUGAUAAUAAGCUGUUGGAACCAGAAGUCCCAGGUUGCCCACACCAGGGCCAGGUGCUGGGCACCACAGCCGUUUCCUGCUGUUUCCGCUGGGUCAGCUACCUCACACAGGGCCGGCUCUGCUGUCCUGGCGAGCAUCCCUUAAUCAACUUGAAGGCCUGGGAGCCCUGAGCCGCUCGGAGCUGUGCUCGGAGUGCCGGCUCUGCCACUCUCAGGGAGCCCAAGGUCCAUGGUCAGGGGGCAGGCCCCCAGCUCCGCCCAGUGCUCGGCCAGCGCCCAGAUGCCCAGCAUCAUUGGAAGCACAGCAUGAUCAUGAUUGAGCACAAUAGCACCAGACUAGGGCCUGCGGCUCAUCCUGCUUCUGGGGCUGACCCUGCUCCUUCCCUUCCCUCCAUGCUGUAUGUGUGUGCCCAGGGCCCCAUCCAGACCCCACACCCAAAUCUUCAAAUGCUGGGGCGCGGGCUGGGACCCCGCCUGAUGGACACAGAGUGGCUCUCUCUGCGGCCGAGCCCCCGCCCACACUUGUGAAGCAGAUGGCAAGUCCCCUCUGCCCUUGGGGACCAGUCCCCGGUCAUGGUAUUAACCAGUUUAGUGUUUAUCAUGUGAGUGACUGACCCUCCCCAGGGGUGGGUGAACACGGGAAGAAGAAGACUGGCUCCCCUGCACCCUUGAGGGGGCUGGAUACCCCCUUAGCCCAACCAGAGGCUGGGGAAGUGCCCUGCCCUCAGUGGCAGAGUUGGCCAGCCAUGGCCAACCUUGGCCAACCAGUGGUAAGUCCAGGGAACAAGCCACUGUGGGGAGGAAGCUGAAACACAGACCCCCAGGCACCUCCUACAGUGGGUGACCACAGGCAGUGGCUACUGGGGAGCUCCUCUGAUGACAUCUGGGCUAGCGCAGGUGCAGAUUCUUGGGUGUGCCCCAAAUGGGGUGAGGCCUGACCUGCAGAAGCCAGGAGCUCCUUCCCACCACAGGGCCCAAACCUGUGACACCUGCUCCUUUACACCAUGAGCAGAACACUUGCUACUGUCAUUACCAGGCCAGGGCCACCUCCUCCAGGCCAGCCUCAGCCCCUACCCCAUCACCUCUCAGAGCUCCCGCGGUCUUCAGCGCAAGGGAAGGUGCUGUUUCUUGGUCAUCCUCCUGCCCCCUCCGUGCCCAGCUCAGUCCUUUGAACCUUCGAGCCCAGAGCCCAGCAGGAACCAGGCAGUAGCAGCUGGGAGCCAAGGGACGGAGAAGAGCCGUGCCCUGCCCAGCAGCCUUUUCUUGCCACCAGCCUGCCUGCCCGGGCUUGUGCACAAAGUGUGUGUCUGUUUUGUACCUUUGCCGCUGCCGCCGGCUGUACAUAGUGUAUGAACGUGAUGGGAACCGCCUGCUGUACCCUCCUGUUCCUAGAUGGGAUGUGUGUGUUCUAAGAUGUCCUAAAUAAAACCCCACUGACCAUCA